UGACGAUAUCAGAGAGGGAAUCGUAACCGUAGUUAUUGCGUGUACGUAUGCCGGUCACCAACUUGCUUCUCGUGAUCACGGGCGCAUCACGCGGACUCGGUCGGGCGAUAGCGAACGAAUUUUGCGGACCGUCCCUGUCGGGCUAUUGGCCCUCACUCCGGUACAUACGUGCGGUAUUGAUUGCUCGUUCCACGAGCGGCUUGGAAGAAACACGCACGGCUAUCGAAGCAAAUACUAGAAAGAGCGAUCUGAACAUUCGCGUCGACCUGCAUUCCAUCGACCUGUCCGACCUCAAUACACUGGAUCAUAAACUCGAUGCAGUAUUUCAGCAGAUCCAGAACGACCAAAUCAAGUACGAUCGAGUUGUAUUGGUAAACAACGCAGGAAGCCUUGGUGCAUUGGGUCCGUGUUUGGAAAGUCCGUCCCUGAGCGAUAUGCGUCAAACGGUGGAUUUCAACGUCACCUCGGCCCUUUGGACAACGGUCCGUUUUGGCCGUUUCAUCCGUGACGACGAGCGAACGAACGACGCAACCACCACGAUCGUCAACAUCUCGUCGCUGGUGGCGGUACAGCCCUUCCCGACCAUGGCAAUCUAUUCGGCUGUGAAAGCUGCACGCGAUUCGUAUCAGGAAGCUUUUGCCCAAGAAUUGAAUGGUGAUACAAACGUUAAAUUUCUCAACUACGCACCCGGUCCUCUGGAAACAGACAUGGCCAACGAGUUGCGCAAAGAUGCCAGACUGGAUGACAAUCUAAAGCCGCACUUUCAGAAAACAUUGAUUGAUCCGAACGCUUCUGCCAAGACGCUAGCUCGCUUGGUUGCAGAAAACUCGUUCGAGAGCGGCAAACAUAUUGACUAUUUUGAUCUUCAGUCCGAAUCCUAG